AGAACAGAAGAGGACAGGGCAGGCUACAGCUGCCGAGACACGAGGGGAUGGGCUGAGGCCCACAGGAGACAAGCUGAGACUGAGAGACAGAGGGGACUGGGAGAGAGCACCCUCGUAGACAGCUCUGAGUGUCCGGUCAGGGACAGGCAGGCAGAGGAGGGUCAGAGCAGGCUGGGGUUGCAGAGUGAGCGCGAGGGCAGGACAGGGGACUCUGGGACUGGGCCAGGCCCAGGGAUGGCGGCCCGGGGGGCUGCGCUGAGGCUGCCGGAGUGCCAGCAUGGCUGCAAGAAGCUCCUGGGGGACGUCAUCGGCUGCUUCUUCCGCUGCAUCUCUGGGAACCUGGCUCAAGACAGCAGCGACAGUGAGCUGGAGCUGUCCAUGGUGCGCCACCAGCCAGAGGGCCUAGAGCAACUGCAAGCACAGACCAAGUUCACCAAGAAGGAGCUGCAGUCCCUCUACAGGGGCUUCAAGAAUGAGUGUCCCUCGGGCCUGGUGGACGAAGACACCUUCAAACUCAUUUACUCACAGUUCUUCCCUCAGGGAGAUGCCACCACCUAUGCGCACUUCCUCUUCAGCGCCUUCGAUGCUGAUGGGAACGGGGCCAUCCACUUUGAGGACUUUGUGGUGGGCCUCUCCGUCCUCCUUCGAGGGACAGUCCAGGAGAAGCUCAAGUGGGCCUUCAACCUCUACGACAUUAACAAGGAUGGCUGCAUCACCAAAGAGGAAAUGCUGGCCAUCAUGAAAUCCAUCUACGACAUGAUGGGCCGGCAUACCUACCCGCUCCUGCGGGAGGAAGCGCCGCUGGAGCAUGUGGAGAGGUUCUUCCAGAAAAUGGACCGGAAUCAGGAUGGGGUGGUGACCAUUGAUGAGUUCUUGGAGACCUGCCAGAAGGACGAGAACAUCAUGAACUCCAUGCAGCUGUUCGAGAACGUCAUCUAGGACAUGUGGGGGAUCCCCGAAUAGCCCUUGCCACUGCAGCUCCCAAAGAAACCUCAGUCCUGCCAGGAGUAGCCUCCAUGAGAAACGUUUUUCUAAUAUACUUGCAAAGAGUGAACAGUUUGAUCCUCCAGAUACACACACACACACACACACACACACACACACACACACACGCCAUUCCUCUGGGCUGGCAGAGGGGGACCAAGGUCAGCAAGGGGCUGCAUCUGGCUGGGAGCUGGGUCCAGCUAUGAGCCACACCCCCCAGCGAGCCCUGCCCCAGGCCAGCGGGGUGAGGCUGCCUCUGGGGGGGACAGCUGGAAGAGCAGUGUCUGCAGGCUGCUGGCCGCUGCGUGUGAGCAGGAAAGCGCUCCCCUCCCCUGCAGAGGAGGUUCCAGUCUCCAGAGCAAAGACCCCUCCUGUGUGAGCUCAUGGGACCCUCCCUCCUGCAGCCCAAGGGCUGUUCUGGCCUCCUUGGAGCCCCAGUCACUCCCUGCCCACUAACCAUACUCCUAGAAUGCCCCUCCCCACAGGACCCUGGAGGGGCCACUGGGGGUCAAGGGUGUUCAGACUGGGAUACAGGUGGUGAUGGAGAUGGGGCCUGCUGCUUCCUGGAAAGGCCCCCUGGGUGAGCUCUGCCCCAGUGAUGAGGGGCCACUGAGCCCCUCUGUCCCUUCAUCCCAGGAAGGGGGCCCUUCAAGCUCAGGGUUGGGUUUCCUGGUGGCCAUUGUGAGGGGUACUGUCUGCCCACUGCAGUGGAUUGGAGCAGCCCUCCCUUGCUUGCGCAGGCCUGGCUCAGGAGGUGCAGUGGUGGGGCUACCCAUAACACUCAGGCUCUAGACUAUUCACGCCAAGGUCGUCAUGUCCCGAGCAGUGAUCGCGUGGCUCAGGGGCUGGCAGCCAGGGAGUCUGGGUGACGCGCAGGCCCGGGAACGGCUUUUCCCUCCCUCUGUCCUCUCCUACAUCACCCUCAGCCAAGCAGUUCGGCCGCCGAGCCCCCCUUCCUGGUUAGGGUCAUGUAGCGGUGUGGCCACGCCUCCACACGGGCUCACCCCAACCCCAUCCAGAAAGCACAAGCCCCCCCCAGCAGCUCAGAUUGAGCCCACGAGGAGAGCUGAGGACAGAGGCCAUCCUGGUGGGCUGAGGCCUGGGUCCCAACGGCCCUGAUACAGGUGACCCAGGGAAGGAAGCUCGGUGUCAGUUGUGUACCUCAGAGCAGUGGGGUCUCAAAGCCCAUCCCCGGCCCAGCUCGCCAACACUCAAAAGCACAAAGCCCGGGACUCCGCUUGGCUGGGUUCCCCUGUGUGGAUGGGCUGAUUUCCAGCUGGGGUCAGAGCCAGCAGUGAGGGCUGAGGGCCUGAGGCCGGUGGCACGGCCACAGGGCCCUCCAGGAGACAUGCAGAGAGAGAAGCGGCUCCUGCCUGCCCAGGCAGCGCGGGCCUUUCCAAGGACAUCCUCAUACAUACAUUCCAUCAGCUGCCACCCCAUCUCUGCUCAGGCCUGGCCCCAGGGUGAGCAGGACCCUGGAGGAAGGGCAGGAUGGCAGAGGCUGUGGACACUGGCCUGGCUCAGCCACGGGGACCCCUUGGCACCCAUGUAUAGGUGGUCCUCCCCUUGGAGUUGCACUGACACGCCAUCUCCAGUCUGACUGGGGGUCCCUCUCCCCUCCAGGAGGGCAUCAGCUUUCCCUGGCUCAGGGAUCUUCUCUCCCCACCCCAGCCCGGCCCUCCCAGCUGAUGUUGCUCUGCUUCUCAGGGGCCAAGGCCAGAGGAGAGGGUCACCACCAUGCCCCUGUCCCCCUUGGCCUUGGGCCAGCCUGGCUGCAUGUUCAGCCAGGAGGGGCCUGUGUCCCACAGUGGGACAUGGACUGGCCGCAUGUCUGCAUGGCAGAAGCGUCUCCCUUGGGCAUAGCCUGGGAGGGUGGUUCCUGUUCUCAGCACCCACCCAUAUUCAGUCCUGUAUAUUUUAAUAAAAUAAACUUGACAAAGGA